GUUAGGAUGAAAUGACCAAAAGCAUUAGAAAAUGAGAAAGAAAGGGUUUUAGGGGUUCAGUCCUCCCCUCCUCUCCUCCGUCUGUUUCAAUCUUGAUAGGCAGCGCCGGUUUCCCUCCCUAUUUCGCCUUCUCUUUUGCAGAUGGCUAGAUGGGAUGAGAUUCUGUCUCUUCCUGUACAGAAUCCUCCGACUUUGGAGUUUUCUGCUGCUGAUCUUGUGUGGUCGAAGGUGGAAGGUUGGCGUGACAAGAAAGAUAGAGUUGCUGUAAUCCCCUAUGCCAGAGUUGAUGCUUUUGUGAGGGGUGAAUCUUCGAACAAAGAGUGUCCGACGAGAUUUCAUGUUGAAGCGAGGCGGCGGCGGCAGGCAAAGACGAAUUGCAAACCAAAGGUUGAUGGCAUCCUUGAAUAUAUUCUAUAUUGGUGUUCCUUUGGUCCUGAUGACCACAGGAUGGGCGGCUCCAUACGACCCAGUAGGACUAAUUAUGUCCCAAAGAAGAAAAAUUCUGGUCGACCAAACACCAAGAGAGGUUGUACCUGCCACUUUAUGGUGAAACGCUUAAUUGCUGAACCGUCAGUAGCGCUUCUUGUAUAUAAUUCUGUUAAGCAUGUGGAUAAGAAAGGGUUGCCAUGCCAUGGCCCUGAAGAUAAGAUGGCUUCUGGAACGCGCGCUAUGUUUGCCCCAUACAUCUCUGAGGAUCUACGCCUUCGUGUGCUAUCUUUGCUAUAUGUGGGGGUCUCCGUGGAGACCAUAAUGCAGAGACAUGCUGAAUCUGUAGAGAGACAGGGUGGUCCAUGUAAUCGUGAUGACCUCUUAACCCAUAGGUACGUUCGCAGACAGGAGAGGAUCAUUCGACGUUCUACAUAUGAAUUGGAUGCGGAGGAUGCAGUUAGCAUCGGCAUGUGGGUGGAAAACCAUCAGAAUAUCAUUUUCUUCUAUGAGGAUUUCUCCGAGACGGACCCUUUCACUUUGGGCAUUCAAACAGACUGGCAGCUGCAACAGAUGAUUCGCUUUGGCAAUCACAGCCUUAUAGCCUCUGAUUCAAGGUUCGGAACAAACAAAUUAAAGUAUCCUGUUCACAGUCUCCUUGUAUUUAACCAAGACAACAAGGCCAUUCCGGUAGCAUGGAUAGUGAGUCCAAAAUUUGCAAGUUCUGAUACCCAUAAAUGGAUGAGAGCUCUUUACAAUAGAGUUCAGACGAAAGAUCCUUCAUGGAAGUUGGCUGGGUUCAUAGUGGAUGAUCCUCAGGCUGAUGUACACACUAUCAGGGAUGUAUUUCAGUGCUCGGUGCUAAUAAGCUUUUGGCGGGUUCGUCAUGGAUGGCAUAAGAACUUGGUAAAGAAAUGUUUGGAGGACGAGACGCGAGCUACAAUAUCAAGAAGGCUUCAUCAGGCAGUAGAUAACAUAUGUCAACAACGAGGAACAGAUGGUUUGUUUGCGGAUUUCAUGGAAGAUUUUGUUGAUGCAUCAGAUUUUGUGGAUUACUUUAAGGCAACCUGGUAUCCUAGAAUAGGGAAGUGGACUACUGCAUUACAAAGUCUUCCUCUCACUAGCCAGGAAACAUGUGCAGCAAUGGAAUUCUACCACAACCAACUCAAGCUUAGGUUAUUAAAUGAGAAGAAACCCUGUGUCUACAAAAGAGUUGAUUGGCUAGUUGAUAAGCUGGGUACCCAAGUGCAUUCCUAUUUCUGGCUUGAUGAAUACUCUGAGAAGGAUGAUUUUGCACGAUACUGGAAAAAUGAGUGGGUGAGCGGUUUAACAUCUUGGCGAACAGCUUUGGAGAUUCCAGACUCUAAUGUUGUCAUUGAAGGUACAUGUGCAAAAGUAACGGACCGGCUUGAUCAAGAAAAGGCUUAUGUUGUUUGGAACCCCGGUUCACAAUUCAGUAUUUGCAACUGCAGUUGGGCAGAAAUGGGGAACCUGUGUGAGCAUAUACUCAAGGUUAUUAGUGUCUGCAGGAAAAGAAGUCAUCCCGUGCCAUCUGUCAGCAUAUUGCAGUUCCACCAGGCCUUGCUUGAUAUGCUCCAUUGCCCACCUCAUGAUUCUUUAAUUCGUGAUCACGCUGUUUCUUUAGCGGUCUUUGUACAGAAUCAGUUAAAUGGACCUAAUUUGGAAAGCAGCAAUAGCACAACGGAUCAGGCAGCUUUCGCUGAUAAAGAUCUAGAAUUAGUAAAUGAGGGCCCAGUAAGUGAAGGAGUAUUAUCUCAUAAUGAGAAUAGUUGUGCGGAUGAGCAUGUUGCUGUGGGUACUGAAACAAGUAGUCUGGUUGCAUGUGGAAAUGGUAUAUAUAAUGCGGGUUGUGGAGAUGAAAUCACUUCUUCUGAGAUGGAUGUUGACCCAUCAUCCAUCUGUAUUUCUCCACCUGGGUUACAUUCUGUUGAUGAGGUUGUGUCUGGUGGUGUCCUCUCACGAAGCAGACAGAGGCCCUUGUUUAACACAGAAACUGAAGAUCUGCUUCCCGCAGAUGAUCCUCUCGCUAAGUCAAGUGAAUAUGAGGAUGAUAUGUUAGAUGAAAAUUGUGAAAAAAAUGUGAUGAGUACGGAUCCGCUCUCCCUUCACAUCCCUUGUUCAGCAAUGGAGUUUGUGGAGCAAUACACAGUACCCCAUUCUAAUGAUCUCCACAGCCAUGAAGUCAAUCCCGCCGUUAUUUCAAAAGUAUGUGAUGACAAUACAGUAUAUAACAAUACCUCCCCAUCUUCAUCUGUGCCUGUUGAACCACAAGCUUCAGGUGUCAUAGAAAAUGAGAGCAUGGAAAUUGAAAGUGUGGACGGAAUGGACUUUGUGGAGCAUUGCCCAUUAACCAAUCCUUAUGGUAAUCACAGCCAUGAUAUCGAUAUUGCGCCUACUGUUAUUUCCAAAAGAUCCCCUGACAAUACCGUUUAUAACAAGACCUCUGCAUCUGCAUCUAUGCCUGUUGAAUCAGAAAUGGUUGUACUGGCUGAAACCUCAGGUAUCAUUUUAGAAAAUGGUAGAAUGGAAAUCGGAAGUGAGAAUGGAAACACAAGUAAGCACAAUCUGUCUGCUGAUAAUCCUUCCACCUUGGACGGCAUUCGUGGUUGUAUGAUAAAUGAAUCAGAUUUUAGUCAGGAUUCAGAGUCAGUAGGCAAUGCGAUGGUUGUGUACCCAGAACCAUUGCUCAAGUUCUCAUCAACAUCAAGUUGCAACAAGGAAGAGCUGCCUGUUGAGAAUGGGGCCACUGAAACUGGGUCUAGUGAGAAGCCAUCUUCAAUCACUGAAUCUCAUCUUAAAAAGUGUAAACUUCAAGAUGGUGCCGAGAUCAUCAACAACAAUGAGGUGAUCCGCCAGCCAGUUAUCAGUGACAUCAAUGUUACUUCUGCCAAGGGAAAUGCUCGAGGUGAAUCUGCUAAUGCCUUUUGACUAUGGAAUUCAACAGACGUGACAUAUUGGUGCUUCAAUGAGCGUUAGGGUCCUUGAACAAGAAAAAAAUGUGUUUAGGGUAUUUCUUCAUGUACAUACUUCUUCAAUAGAUCCAACUAUAUAGGAUUUUUGUUCACUCCACCUGAUUUUGUUCACUCCACCAACGAAGCUCAAUUGAAGCUCUAAGGAGUCUAAGGUAUCUCAUUAGUUUGUUCUGGUGA